AUGCCGGUGAUGUGCCAGUCAGGUGGCUGGGGAAAGAGCAGUUCAAUACUGGAAAGGAAAUCUGGUGCACUAGAGCACUCAGGCAAAAGCCCACUUAACCAGGAACAAAAGAGCCAAAAGAGCCAAUUCAUCCUAAACCUGGGAAUAGAAGAAUGCUGCAAUAACCAGCAGGGGAGACUAAGAGGACAGGCUGGAAGAGCUAACAUUCACACCAUGUGCCAGCAUUGGCUGAACUUUGGGGACGACAUUCCCAGCGCUCUUCGAAUCGCGAAGCAGCGCUGAAACAGCAUCGAGGAAGGGCGCAUCCACCAGGAGAGCGAGCUGCACUCCUACCUCUCGAGGCUCAUCGCGGCAGAGCGUGAGAGGGAGCUCGAAGAGUGCCAACGGAACCAUGAGGGUGAUGAGGACGACAGCCAGGUCCGGGCCCAGCAGGCCUGCAUUGAGGCCAAGCGUGAGGGUGCACCCCGCCCACAUGACAAAUACAUGGCGGACAUGGAUGAGCUCUUCUCUCAGGUGGACGAGAAGAGGAAGAAGUACGACAUCCCCAAAUACCUGUGCUGUAAGAUCAGUUUUGAGCUGAUGCGGGAGCUAUGCAUCACGCCCACUGGCAUCUCCUAUGACCGCAAGGACAUCGAGGAGCACCUGCAGCGCGUGGAUCAUUUUGACCCCGUGACCUGGAGCCCCCUAACCCAGAAACAGUUCAUCCCCAACCUGGCCAUGAAGGAGGUCAUUGACGCAUUCAUCUCUGAGAACGGCUGGGUAGAGGACUACUGAGG